AUGAUACAAAAUACUACACAAUGUCAAUCAAAUAUGAAUGUUACCAAUGAUGAUGAUGAUGAUGAUGAUGAUGAUGAUGAUGAUGAUGAUGAUGAUGAUGAUGAUGAUGAUGAUGAUGAUGAUGAUGAUGAUGAUGAUGAUGAUGAUGAUGAUGAUGAUGAUGAUGAUGAUGAUGAUGAUGAUGAUGAUGAUGAUGAUGAUGAUGAUGAUGAUGAUGAUGAUGAUGAUGAUGAUGAUGAUGAUGAUGAUGAUGAUGAUGAUGAUGAUGAUGAUGAUGAUGAUGAUGAUGAUGAUGAUGAUGAUGAUGAUGAUGAUGAUUACAAUAACAACAAAGACUGA